AUGCCAACCGCGGGACUUCGACAGCGUGUUCCGCGUGACCGCAGACGCACGCCCAGCGCGACCCAUUGGGGCAUCGCGACGCCAAACCACGCGACCACGAUAGCGACCAGUCCAACCCCGCGACUUCGACCGCGCAUCCCGCUUGGCUGCAGACUCAUGCCCGGUGCGACUUGCGAUGACAGCGCGACGCGCCAGACUGCGCGAGCACGUGCGGUGGCCACUGGCUGGGAUCGAAAGGAUGCGGCGGCGGCGAAGCAAGAGGGUCGUCCCUCAGUGAGGACAGCGGAGGAACGGCGUCGUCCCGGGUUGAGGACGGCGGAUGGAGGGGAGGUAACGGCGGAGGCGGGAGAGAAAAGGGGCGUUGGAAAUGAAGUUCGCCCAUCUGGAGGGGCGGCGCCUGGAAUCGCGAAAUCACGAAUUAAACAGUGGAAAAAAAAUGAGGGGAACUGGGAAGUAUCUGAAGUCGAGAAAAAUUGUGAAUGUCGGUUGAGGUUUUAUGAAGUGUGGUAA